UAUCUCUUUGUUUCAGUCACUGUUAAUAAUGGAUCAGGUCAUGGUGUUGCCAUGUAGCUAUUUCCCAGAUUCUAUUCUUGUAAAACCUGCUUUAUAAAGCCAUCAUGGCUGGGCUCACCUUUGGCUUGUAAUUACUGGGCAUUAGGGAGAGGCAACAUUUGAGCGUGUCCUCUUGUCUAUUUGCAUGCUUUGAGUUCCUUUUGGAGAUAGAAGAUGUACCAUCAUCAUCAUCAAGGGAAGAACAUCCAGGCUUGUUUGAGAACGGCCAUUCCUGACAGGCAUUUGUUACUGCAAGGUGGGAAUGGCACUGGAGAUUCUGGCCUUGUCCUCUCGACUGAUGCCAAGCCCAGACUGAAGUGGACGCCUGACCUCCAUGAACGCUUCAUUGAAGCUGUCAAUCAGCUCGGAGGAGCAGACAAGGCUACUCCUAAAACAGUAAUGAAAAUAAUGGGGAUUCCAGGCCUUACCUUGUAUCAUCUCAAGAGUCACCUUCAGAAAUACAGGCUUAGUAAAAAUCCCCAUGGACAAGCUAAUAAUGGCAGUAACAAAAUAGGUGCGGUUGCAAUGCCAGCAGACAAAAUAAGUGAAGCAAAUGGGAUUCAGAUGAAUAACUCAACUGUUGGACCUCAGACAAACAGAGGCUUACAAAUCAGCGAAGCACUGCAAAUGCAAAUUGAAGUCCAGAGGCGGCUUCACGAGCAGCUCGAGGUGCAGCGACAUUUACAGCUUCGGAUCGAGGCUCAAGGGAAAUACUUACAGUCAGUACUGGAGAAAGCUCAAGAGAGUCUUGGAAGACAAAAUCCGGGUUCAAUGGGGCUUGAAGCAGCCCAACUUCAAUUAUCUGAACUGGUGUCUAAAGUGUCUAACCAAUGCCUGGAUUCAACACUAAUGGAUUUGAAAGAGUUGCAGGGUUUAUGCCACCAGAAAACAAAAACAAAUUCCAUAGAUAGCUGUUUGACCUCCAUUGAAGGAUCUCAGAAAGACCAAGAAAUACACAACAAUGGGAUUUGUUUAAGACCCUAUAGCCUUGUAGCAGAAGAUCCAUGGCUACCCCAAACUGGGCUGAGAGAGAACAAAAUGGUUCCGUCUUCAACAGCCAAGAUUGCAGAUAGAAGCUCCAAUGGCAGUGAUUUGUCCAUAACUGUAGGAUUACAAGGAGAUAAAGGGAAGGGCUUCAACAGCAACAGCAGCAGAUUUUCUGAAAGGAAGUUUAAUGGAAGAAAUGAAGAUGAUGGACUCCAUUACUUCGCAACAAAGCUUGAUUUAAAUGUUGAUGAAGAAAAUGAUGUAGCUUCAAGGUGCAAACAAUUUGAUCUCAAUGGUCUCAGCUGGGGCUGAAAACAUUGUUGAGCUUCAUGAUUUUACAGAAAGCGAACACCACCAAAGUCCAUUAUAUUUAUAAUCGAAUUUCGAUUAAACAUCGGUGACGAAA